CUGUAGCGAUGACACCAAUACACUCACUGGCUUGCAAAAAGAGCAACACCCAGGUGGCGUGAGCUAUCAGCUAUUUUCUCCGAGAGACUGUAGGCUUGGAUAGUUCACCCUCAAGCACUGCGGACAUCCUGAGUCGUGAUCUAAAGGGUGAAUUUAUCUGGUUGCUAUUGGAGUGCUGGACCUGCCAUCAUGGCCUUUUACGAAUAUGUCACUCAAGAGCAACUCUCAGGUUUUGAUAAGUACAAGUACAGUGCUGUGGACACCAACCCACUGUCAGUCUACGUCAUGCACCCGUUCUGGAACUCUGUUGUCAAGAUAUUGCCGAGGUGGUUGGCCCCAAACCUCAUCACGUUUACAGGGUUCAUGUUCCUGGUGUUGAACUUCCUUAUUUUGUCUUUCUACGACGUUGACUUCUACGCCUCAGCACAGGGACAUAUCCACGUGCCCAGUUGGGUUUGGGUGGCAGCAGGCCUCUUCAACUUCUUGGCGUACACAUUGGAUGGAGUGGAUGGCAAACAGGCUCGCCGCACCAACUCCUCCACACCACUGGGGGAGCUGUUUGACCACGGACUGGACAGCUGGGCGUGUGUGUUCUUCGUGGCCACGGUGUACUCUGUGUUUGGGCGUGGGGACACGGGUGUGAGUGUGGUGACGCUCUACUACCUGCUGUGGGUGGUACUCUUCUCCUUCAUCCUCUCGCACUGGGAGAAGUACAACACCGGCGUGCUCUUCCUGCCCUGGGGCUACGACAUCUCGCAAGUGACUAUCUCUAUAGUGUACAUAAUCACAGCAGUGGUUGGUGUGGAGACAUGGUACAUGCCCUUAAUCAUGAAAAUCCAUUACAGAGACCUCUUCACUGUCAUGAUCACAGGUUGCGCCUUGACGGUGACCCUUCCCAUGAGCCUUUUGAACGUUUUGAGGGCGUACCGCAGUAACACACUGAAGCACAGCUCGCUGUAUGAGGCCCUGCUUCCCGUCCUCUCUCCGAUGCUGCUCUUUAUCCUCUCUACCCUCUGGGUGGCGCUGUCCCCCAACGACAUCCUCCAGCAGCAACCCAGAGUCUUCUUUCUGAUGGUGGGCACAGCCUUUGCCAACGUCACGUGUAAGCUAAUAGUGUGUCAGAUGAGCAGUACUCGCUGUCAGCCCCUCAGCUGGCUGCUGCUGCCCAUGGCUGGCCUGGUGCUGCUGGUGAUGGCUGGGAUGGUCACACACAGCGAGCCUCUGCUGCUUUAUUUGUGGACGGCCACGGUCGUCCUUGCACAUGUGCACUACGGGGUGUCUGUGGUCCACCAGCUGAGUGACCACUUCAACAUCUAUGCAUUCUCUCUGAAGAAGCCCAAUUCGGACUGACAGGAGGAGGAGAAAAUCGGCCUGACGGCUGCAGAGGUCUAAGCUAUCCCAGCAUCCUCCUCUGCAGCUCGCCGACACUUCACCCAUCAACAUGGAGACACGCGUUCCCCUGCCCUAACCAGAACUAAAUUUAAAUACAAACUAAACAGUUUAAAAAAAUUAAAAAAAAGACACGAAAAGAAAUAGGAGUCUAACCUAACCAAACUCAGCCCCACACAGCCCAGGGACAGAGCUGCACCACAGGACCUAUGUCUCGCCAGGACUGCGCUGCUACAAAGGACCCAUGUGUCCCCAGUUCGGAGCUGCAUCACAGGAACCCCUCACGACCCCAGCACGGAGCUGCACCACAGGACCUAUUUAUCACCAGGCCAGAACUGCACCGCUGGACCCAUCUGUCCCUAGCACAGAGCUGCACCAGAAGACCCUCUUCAUUCACAGCUUGGGCCUGCACCACAGGACCUGUUCCUCUGUUGAUGGAUGUAAAUCCUCUGUAUGCCAGCUCCGGUCCAGUCCGGACUGGUCUGCUCCAGACGGGUCCAGUACCUCCACGGUUCCUCUGGCCACCAGGCUCUGAAUACAGUCAAGCCCCAGAGGUGUGCUUGUUUCCUAAGGAAAUGUGCUUCCAGCUGAGAUAGUAGGAACCUAGGGUUGUACUGCUGCUGCUGCUGCUGCCACCAUAAACCCCACUGUGUUAACGGUUAAAUUACACACACACACACACACACACACACACACACACAUUCCCUGGCUCUCAUUUUCAGAUGCUCAUUUGGGAGUUCUGUAAAUCUAACACACACACACCCACCCCCACACUCAAACACACCAACAUAUCUGUAUUUCAACAACUUGAAUGUCUGGUACAUUAUUGCCUUGUGGGAUGAUGGAAGUUCUGUUUGGGGUACUUGUUCUAACCUCUAACCUCAUGCUUGACCCACUGAUGGCCCUGUCAGUGUACAUACAGCGACUGAAUGCUCUCUCACUCGCUCACACACACACACACACACACACACACACACACACACACACAGCACUAAUGAUUUACAUCUCAUAUGGUCAGUGGGAUAUUUACUGAAUAUCUACUCAGCAGACUUUGGGUUGGUAGUAUAUUAUUUUUAUAUAUGGGAUGCUGGAGGAACCCAGGGAGUUAUGUCUACAUCUUGCAGCUUACAAAUGAAACUUUACCAAGCAAAGGUUUGAGAAUUGACUGAAGUCCUCAUUGUUUUCCCACAACUUGAAGACUGUCCUCUUCAUCUGAACUAACGCCAGUGUAACUGUCUUAGGCUCUGACCAACCAAUCAAGGACCAUAACCAAUAACCAGAGGUAAAACCCUCUCUCUCUCUCUCUGUUAAACAUUGAAUUAGAGGUAUUGACCUUCGACCUGACUACUGUACAUGGGAUUCUGGGCUUUUUUUCUGUCUCAUUCAUUUGACAAAAGUAUUUUCCUUUAACAUCAGUGGUGAUGUGUCAGCAUGCCGGUUUUCUGUUCAAACCCCCCCCCCCCCCUUCUGUUCCUCUUUUCUGUUUUUUCUUUCCUCCUUUUAUGCGUCACUAGUGGGCUUUUAUUGAGUUUAUCUGCGCUUAAAUGAAGAGUGCGCUUCAAACCCUGUCCAGGAGAGGGCGCACUCUGAGUCAGCAAGCCAUCGCAGGCUUGCGCCGUUCCUUAAACGCGAUAAAACCGCUAGUACCCCACGGAAGCGUCCCGAGUGACUUGCAAGUCCCCUGUAAAGGGCACAGCACACCAAUGAUGUGUAAACGGCAACGUGUAGUGUGCAUGACAGGGUGAGUGAGAGCUGUUUGGAACCUAGCCAUUUUCUUUUCUCGUUUUGUUUUGUUUAUUUGUUUUGUUUGUUUUUUGUUUUGUU